GUUAUAAUGCUUUGAUCUGAUGUUGUUUUGCUUUUGGGGUUACGUAAAAAAGGAUUCUUGUGUCGACAAAAUCUACCACUUUGUUAGAACUCUUUUGCUUUAUAUGUCUGCUCCACUAAGUAGUGCAAAGAUUCAAAUUUUAUCAGACUGUUUUUCCUCUAUCUUUGGUUUUACUUUUUUUUUUGUUAACUUUGUUUAUCCUCUGGAAAAGACUGAAAUUUUGACAUUUGAGGUGAAAGGUUGAAUCUUUUUGACAUUUGUGUGCAGUAACUUUUCCUUUUCAGUGCAAUAUUUUGACCAAGAUUAAAAAGAAUCGCGUUGGAUGCUUGUGAGUUCUACAGUUUUUUUUGCUUAGUUGACAAUUCAGUCUGAUCCAGUUUCAUUGGGAGGAAGAACAUUUCUUUUGUUGUGGAUCAGAUGGUCUCUUUGUGUUUCUGAGAAAAUGGGGGGUUGUGCUUCUACCAGCAAUCAUAGUACUUGUAGUAGCAGGAGCAACGGAGAACGAGUUUCCCCUGAAUGUUUGGGGAUAAGUAUGUUUAGUCGAAAGAGGAUUAGAAAAACUUUUUCUGAUCCUGUUACUACAUUGCAACAUCUGACUUCAAUACCUAAUCGGAUAUUCAAAAAUGGGAAGAGCAGGACUUCUUGCAUAUUCACUCAACAGGGUCGUAAAGGCAUAAACCAGGAUGCCAUGGUUGUCUGGGAAGAUUUCAUGGCUGAAGAUGUGACCUUUUGUGGGGUAUUUGAUGGUCAUGGUCCACAUGGCCAUCUUGUCGCACGCAAAGUAAGGGAUGCACUGCCCUUGAAGCUAGCGUCGUUUUUGCAAUCAUUUGACUCAAAGCACAACGGUUCUACUGCAAAUUGCUGCAGUGGUGAUAAAAAAUUGGAUGUGGUGGAUCCUGAUAAGGAUGGAGGGAUGGAGGAUAAAGUGGACUACUUGUGGAGAGAAGCUUUCCUUAAAUCAUACAAGGCCAUGGAUAAAGAACUAAGGUCCCAUCCUAAUUUAGAUUGCUUUUGUAGUGGGAGCACUGCCAUUACACUUGUGAAACAGGGUUCAAAUCUUUUUAUGGGCUAUAUUGGUGAUUCUCGGGCAAUCAUGGCAUCAAAAGACAGUAAUGAUUCAAUGGUGGCAGUUCAAUUGACUGUUGAUCUCAAGCCUGACUUACCCAAGGAAGCUGAGAGGAUAAAACGAUGUAAAGGUCGGGUUUUUGCUUUGCAAGAUGAGCCUGAGGUGCAGAGAGUGUGGCUGCCAUUUGAUGAUGCCCCUGGUUUAGCAAUGGCUCGGGCAUUUGGGGAUUUCUGCUUGAAGGAAUAUGGGGUGAUUUCUGUUCCAGAAUUUUCUCACCAUAUUCUUACUGAAAGGGACAAGUUCAUAGUUCUAGCUUCUGAUGGGGUUUGGGACGUCUUGAGCAACGAGGAAGUGAUUGAGAUAGUGUCAUCAGCUCCUACACGAGCAUCAGCUGCCCGAAUCCUGGUUGACUCAGCUGCACGCGAAUGGAAAACUAAAUAUCCAACAUCAAAGAUGGAUGAUUGUGCAGUUGUUUGCUUAUUCUUAGAUGGGAAAAUGGACUCUGAAUCCGAUAACGAGGAUCAAUGUUUCUCCUCUGCUACCCUUCAGAGCAACCACUCUGGUAACGCUGUGGAAUCAGACGACGGACAGAACUCUGAGCCAUCUCUGCAGAGGAACUUCACGGUUAGAUCAGCUGAAGAAAACGACACCUACAAACGAAUCGUUGCAGAAGUAGAAGCAAAUCAAGAAGCUAUGUCAACUGAAGAACAAAACUGGUUAGGAUUAGAAGGUGUCACUAGGGUAAACUCCCUAGUUCAGCUUCCAAGAUUUUCUGAAGAAAGGCCAAGACCUUAA